GGGGCCACGGCGGCCGCCGGGAGAGCCCGCAAGGCGCGAGAGAGCGGCGGGGCCGGCGCGGGGAGAGCGGAGCGGAGCCGGCAGCGCGGGGCCGGCUGGCUGCGGAUGCGGCGCGGAGCCACCGGAGCAGCGCCCUGCGAGUUCUCCCGGAUCCUCGGCUCCGGCUCCUCCUGACAGGACCCCAUGACCUUCCCUGACAGCCCCUCACCAUGAGUGAGGACUCAUGCCGCACCCGCAGCCAGAAGCGCGCCCUGGAGCGGGACUCGGAGCCUGACAAUAAAAAACUCAGGAUGGACAAAGGAAUUCUGGGAUCCGAGCUCAGCUCCGAGGGGGACAUGAAGAUCAAAGCCGAUCCCGGAGCUGCGAAAAUCCCGGGAAUGCUGAAAAGUGGGGAAGUCAAAGCCACCAUCAAAGUGGAGCUGCCGGCAGCAGGGGAUGAGCCCGUGGACAUGAGCACAUCCAAAGGGGAUUGCCGGCGGGAGCGGCGCGUUCCCUCCCCGGACGUGAUCGUGCUGUCGGACAACGAGCCCUCGAGCCCCCGCGUCAACGGGCUGGCCCGGCUGGCCCUGCCCGAGCCCGGCGCCGAGGCCCUGCUGCGGAGCCCGGAGCAGCGGGAGCGCCUGAUCAAGCAGCUGCAGGAGGAGCUGAGGCUGGAGGAGGCCAAGCUGGUGCUGCUCAAGAAGCUCCGGCAGAGCCAGAGCCAGAAGGAGACGCCGGCGCCCAAGCUUUCCUCGGGCCCCUCUGGAAGCGCUGCGGCCACACCCCCGCCCUUGGUGCGGGGCCCUCAGGCUGUUCCCGCUGGGAAAACUUCCCUCCAGCCCUCCUCCAGCCGCAUUCCGGGCACCGGGAUCCCGCCCCCGCUGCUCCGGGGGGGCCAAGCGGCCGCCUCCAAGCAGAGCCCCCAGAUCGUGAUGCCCCCCCUGGUCCGAGGGGCCCAGCAAAUCCACACCAUCCGGCAGCACUCGAGCACGGGCCCGCCCCCGCUGCUGCUGGCGCCGCGCGCCUCGGUGCCCUCGGUGCAGAUCCAGGGCCAGCGCAUCAUCCAGCAGGGCCUGAUCCGCGUGGCCAACGUGCCCAACGCCAGCCUGCUGGUCAACAUCCCCCAGGCGUCCCCCACGUCGCUGAAGGGCGCGGCGGUGCCCGCGGGCCAGGCGGGCGCGGCGCCGGCGGGCGGCACGGCGCUGGGGGGCACGGGCGAGGCCCCGGGCAGCCGGCAGGCCGCGGCCAAGCUGGCGCUGCGCAAGCAGCUGGAGAAGACCCUGCUGGAGAUCCCCCCGCCCAAACCGCCCGCGCCCGAGAUGAACUUCCUGCCCAGCGCCGCCAACAACGAGUUCAUCUACCUGGUGGGGCUGGAGGAGGUGGUGCAGAACCUGCUGGAGAGCCAAGGGAAGGUGGCGGUGGCCGUGUCCUGCCGGGAGCCCUACCUGUGUGCCCAGUGCCACACGGACUUCACGUGCCGCUGGCGGGAGGAGAAGAACGGCACCAUCAUGUGCGAGACCUGCAUGGCCUCCAACCAGAAGAAGGCCCUGAAGGCCGAGCACACGAACCGGCUCAAGGCCGCCUUUGUCAAGGCCCUGCAGCAGGAGCAGGAGAUCGAGCAGAGGAUCCUGCAGCAAACGGCCCCACCCGGGCAGCCCAAGGCCGAGCCCGUGGGGCAGCACCACGCGCUCAAGCAGAGCUCCGGCCAGAUGUCCCGGGGUGCUUCCCGAGGGGUCCUGCACACCUUCAGCUCCUCGCCCAAGCUGCAGAGCUCCUCGGCCAGCGCCGCGCUGGGCAGCCGGCCCGGCAAGCACGCCGAGAGAUCCGGCAGCAAGGGCGGCGCCGCCUGGAAGAAAAACCCCAUCAGCACAGGUGGGGCCCUGCCCUUCGUCAGCCCCGCGCUGGCCGUGCACAAGUCGGCCUCGGCCGUGGAGCGGCAGCGCGAGUAUCUCCUGGACAUGAUCCCGCCCCGCUCCAUCCCACAGUCGGCCACGUGGAAAUAAUCCCCGAGGGAGAACUUUUCCAGGCUCUGCCAUCCUUUCUUUUCUACCACAAUUCCGUGGAAUCUGCUUUAAUCCCAGCUGGAUAACGCCCCGAGGCUUUCUAGGAUGCAGCACCACCACUCCUCAUCCGUCCCUGCCGGGAGAAGUGACCGCGCCGGGGUGGCCGAGGCCCGGCUCCGUGGGCUCCCAGAUUUUUCAUGGAAGCUGGCAGGGAAAGGGGGAAGAAUUCCUUAAUUUUUUUUUUUUGUUGGCUUUUUCCGUAUUUAGUUUUGGAAUUUUUUUGGCACCAGCACAAAAAAACAAACCCAAAAGGACUCAGCGACUCCUCUCUGCCUUUGCCGACACUGAACUUUUUUUGCCGGGAACGCUCCAGAAUUCUGGAAUUUUGGGGCACGGAGAGAGGAAUUCCAGCCCCAUCCUGCGUUUAGUGAGCCGAGUUCAUGGCUGCUCCUUUUCCCUGCUCCUCCUCCAGCCGGGAAAGCAGGCGGCACAUCCCGAGAUUCCCAAAAUCCCAACGACCCCUGAAGAAGAAGAAGAAGAAGAAG